CGAGCAAGUGCGUCAUAUUCAUUCAGGUUGAUUUCAAAACAGAACGCAUUCGGUUUGUCCAGGCUCCUAAAUCUCUAUGGGGUCUACGUGUACUAACAAGCGAAAAAGUUGAACGCAUUUUUCAUGCUCUGGGUGCUGCUGUGAAGUGGAAGAAACGGCCUGCGCGCCCUACUCGUGCGAAGAGAACUACAGCAAGUACUAGUAGUGGUAGUGCAACUGUAAACACAACGAACCAGUCGCUCAUCCAAAUAAUCGCAAAUUUGGAACAGUUCGCUUUUGGAGGAG